GGGCCAGCCCCAUGCCGGGGCGUGGGACGGGGGCGCGAGGCCCGUCCUCGCCCUAGCGGUUGCGGGGCCGGGCCGGGGCCGCUGGGCGCGGGCCGGCCCCGGACACUUGGGCACGGCGCGGGGCGGGCCGGGGCGGAGAGGGGCGGCUCGGCACGGCUCGGCUGGGCUCGGCUCCCGCCGGUACUCGGCUGGAGGGUCUCGCUCGGCGCCGCCGGAGCCGCGCAGCCCGCGGGGACGAGAGAGCCAGGCUGCCAUGGGAAGCUGCGGCGCGUGGGCACGGCAGGAGCUGCUGGUGCUGCUGAGCAGCGUGUGGCUGUGGGUUGGCAGUGCCCAGCCCACCCCCCCAGGCCCCACGCACACCCCCGGACCUCAGCUGAAGUUCCGCCUGGCUGGCUACCCGCGCAAGCACAACGAGGGCCGCGUCGAGGUCUUUUACAACGACGAGUGGGGCACCAUCUGCGAUGACGACUUCACGCUGGCCAACGCGCAUGUGCUGUGCCGGCACCUCGGCUUCGUGGCUGCCACUGGCUGGGCCCACAGCGCCAAGUACGGCAAAGGCGUCGGGCGGAUCUGGCUGGACAACGUGAAUUGUGCCGGAGGUGAGAAGAGCAUUGGGGACUGCAAACACCGGGGCUGGGGGAACAGCGACUGCAGCCACGAGGAAGAUGCGGGUGUCAUCUGCAAGGACGAGCGCAUCCCAGGCUUCAAGGACUCCAACGUCAUCGAGACGGAGCAGAGCCACGUGGAGGAGGUCCGCCUGCGGUCGGUGGUGUCCGGGGCCCGGAGGCAGCUACCGGUGACAGAGGGCAUUGUGGAAGUGCGCUACAAGGAUGGCUGGGCACAGAUCUGCGACGAGGGCUGGAGCAGCCAGAACAGCCGUGUCGUCUGCGGCAUGAUGGGCUUCCCUGCUGAGAAGAAGGUGAACAGGAACUUCUACAAGCUUUUCACGGAGCGGCAGCAGCUCAACUACCGCCUGCACUCUGUGUCCUGCACGGGGACGGAGGUCCACCUCUCCAUGUGCGCCUUCGAGUUCUACCGGGGCAACACCUCGACCGCCUGCGGGGCUGGCAUGCCCGCCGUCGUCAGCUGUGUGCCUGGGCCCCUCUUUGCCACUGGCAAUGGCCACAAGAAGAAGCAGCGUCAACAGCAGCAGGGCCAGCCACGGAUCCGGCUGAAGGGUGGUGCGAAGGUCGGCGAGGGCCGCGUCGAGGUGCUCAAGAGCAGCGAGUGGGGCACCAUCUGUGACGACCGCUGGAACCUGCUGUCAGCCAGCGUGGUGUGCCGAGAGCUGGGCUUUGGCAGCGCCAAGGAGGCCCUCACUGGGGCACGCAUGGGCCAAGGGACGGGGCCCAUCCACAUCAACGAAGUGCAGUGCCUGGGCACCGAGAAGUCCCUUUGGAGCUGCCCCUUCAAGAACAUCACGCAGGAGGACUGCAAGCACACGGAGGAUGCGGCUGUCCGCUGCAACACCCCCUACAUGGGCUACGAGAACCUGAUUCGGCUGAGCGGGGGCCGGAGCCGCUUCGAGGGGCGGGUCGAGGUGGCAGUGGGGGCUGGCGAUGGGGACCAGCCCCGCUGGGGUCUGGUCUGCGGCGAAGGCUGGGGUACACUGGAGGCGAUGGUGGCCUGUCGCCAGCUGGGUCUGGGAUUCGCUAACCACGGCUUACAAGAGACGUGGUACUGGGACGCCAGCAAUGUGACGGAGAUGGUGCUGAGCGGGGUGAAGUGCGCCGGCCACGAGAUGUCCCUGAGCCACUGCCAGCACCAUGGCACCAGCCUGAACUGCAGGAACACGGGCACGCGCUUCGCCGCAGGUGUCAUCUGCUCCGAGACCGCCUCCGACCUGCUGCUGCACGCCCCGCUGGUGCAGGAGACGGCCUACAUCGAGGACCGGCCGCUGCACAUGCUGUACUGCGCCGCCGAGGAGAACUGCCUCUCCAGCUCGGCCCGCCAGGCCAACUGGCCCUACGGGCACCGUCGCCUGCUCCGCUUCUCCUCCCAGAUCCACAACAACGGCCGCGCCGACUUCCGCCCCAAGGCCGGCCGGCACUCCUGGGUCUGGCAUGAGUGCCACCGGCACUACCACAGCAUGGAUAUCUUCACCCACUACGACAUCCUGACCCCCAACGGCACCAAGGUGGCGGAGGGACACAAGGCCAGCUUCUGCCUUGAGGACACCGAGUGUGAAGAAGACGUGGCCAAGCGUUAUGAGUGUGCCAACUUUGGGGAGCAGGGCAUCACUGUGGGCUGCUGGGACCUGUACCGGCACGACAUCGACUGCCAGUGGAUCGACAUCACUGACGUCAAGCCAGGCAACUACAUCCUGCAGGUUGUGAUCAACCCCAACUUUGAGGUGGCAGAGAGCGACUUCACCAACAACGCCAUGAAAUGCAACUGCAAGUACGACGGGCACCGCAUCUGGGUGCACAGCUGCCACAUCGGCGAUGCGCUCAGUGAGGAGGCCAACAAGCGGUUUGAGCAGUAUCCAGGUCAGCUCAACAACCAGAUUUCAUAGGGCCCUGGCCCCCGGGGAGACGGGCAUCUCCCUCCCUCACCCCACACAGGUGGGGGAAGCUGCUGGGGGGCCGGCGGGGAGGCCUCAUGCCUGGCACCGCCACCACCGUGCCCUGCUGGAGACUGCCCAGGACUCUCACCGUCACCAGCCGCCCUUCCCCGCCUCGGGGAGCUGGUGCUGGAGGCACCGCGCACCUGCACCUCCCAGCCUGGGGCUACCACCCCAACCACCGGCCAGAAGACUCUGCGCCCACGUCCCCUGGGCUGCGGCACAUGGGUAUGGGCCAGGAGGUCCUGUACCCCCCACCAUGCCCCGCCUUUGCUCCCGGUCGCUGCCGUCCCAGCUGCACCCUCCUGCUCCCCCAUUCUGCCCUGGUUCCUCUCACCCCCACGGCACUCCCCAGGGCUCUGCCCUCAGCUGGCCCCAGCAGAGCCCAGGACCCACCGCCCACGCAGGGACUCGCACCCCUGCACAGCACCCGCAGAGCCCCAGGGAGCCCCUUGUCCCCUGGGGGUGGCGUGGCCACCCCUGCCCUGGCAGCACUGCCUCCAGCUGCCCGGCAGCGGAUCCCACACCCAUUCUCUUAGUUGUAAUUUUAUUUUCUCUAUAAAGUUGUCAGUUCUAUUUC